CCUGCAAACGCAGCUCGUUCACUGAGGAUCUCCCGUUCAGGAACAUCGCUUAGUCCUCACUUACUCCCUGGAACCUCUGAGGAUUUCAGGUUUUUGUUGUUGUUAUUGUUGUUGUUAUUAUUUUCUUUUCUCUUUUUCUUUUUUUUUUUUGUUCCGGCCCUUUUAGACAGUGAGGGGUUCAACAUAAACAGGAAAAAAAGGCACAGCAUGCGGCUACUUGAAGGGUGUUGAUUGAAAACUUGGAUCUCCCCACCUCAUUCACGGUUGAUUUGACUGGUUUCUCACCUCGUUCACAGAGAGUAUUUCAAUUAAGGCUCCUUUAGAUGGAAUAUAAAACUGCAGAAACCUUUCCAUCAGAAGGAUUAAUGCCGGCAUUACCAUUUCUGCAGUAAAACAGAGCGCUCAGCGGUGGAGGCCACAGACACCUCCAGCCUGGAUUCCACAAUUCCGCAUUAAGUGCUGGAGUUUGCAUUACCGGCGGUAGGAAAGCCUUUGCCAAUGCUUACAAGGAACUGCUUAUCCCUGCUUCUCUGGGUCCUGUUUGAUGGAGGUCUCCUAACACCACUUCAACCGCCGCUACAACGAACGUUAGCCACAGAGCCCAGGGAAAAUGUUAUCCACCUGUCAGGGCAGCGAUCGCAUUUCCAGCGAGUUAAGCGUGGCUGGGUGUGGAAUCAGUUUUUCGUGCUGGAGGAGUACAUGGGCUCUGAACCGCAGUACGUGGGAAAGGCCAAUACAUUUCAAGCACCAUUAGUAACAAGUGUGUACUCGAAACCAACUAAUGAUAUGGCACCUUCUCAGAGAAGCCUUCAGGAUGUAAAAUGGAUGCUCCAUUCUGACUUAGAUAAAGGAGAGGGCACUGUUAAAUACACCCUCUCAGGAGAUGGUGCUGGCACUGUUUUUACCAUUGAUGAAACUACAGGGGAUAUUCAUGCAAUAAGGAGCCUGGACAGAGAGGAAAAACCUUUCUACACGCUUCGUGCUCAGGCCGUGGACAUAGAAACCAGGAAGCCCCUGGAGCCUGAAUCAGAGUUCAUCAUCAAAGUGCAGGAUAUUAAUGAUAACGAGCCAAAGUUUUUGGAUGGACCAUAUGUUGCCAGUGUCCCCGAAAUGUCUCCUGUGGGUGCAUAUGUGCUCCAGGUCAAGGCCACGGAUGCAGACGACCCAACCUAUGGAAACAGUGCUAGAGUCGUUUACAGCAUUCUUCAGGGACAACCUUAUUUCUCUAUUGAUCCCAAGACAGGUGUGAUUAGAACAGCUUUGCCAAACAUGGACAGGGAAGUCAAAGAACAAUACCAAGUCCUCAUCCAAGCCAAGGACAUGGGUGGACAACUGGGAGGGCUGGCCGGGACGACAAUUGUCAACAUCACCCUCACUGACGUCAAUGACAACCCUCCUCGGUUCCCCAAAAGCAUCUUCCAUCUGAAAGUUCCUGAAUCUUCUCCUAUUGGCUCAGCUAUUGGAAGAAUAAGAGCUGUGGAUCCUGAUUUUGGACAAAAUGCAGAAAUUGAAUACAACAUUGUUCCAGGAGAUGGGGGAAAUUUGUUUGAUAUUGUCACAGAUGAGGAUACACAAGAAGGAGUCAUCAGAUUGAAAAAGCCACUAGAUUUUGAGACGAAGAAGGCAUAUACUUUCAAAGUGGAAGCCUCCAACCUUCACCUCGACCACCGGUUCCACUCCGUGGGCCCCUUCAAAGACACCGCCACGGUGAAGAUCAGCGUGCUGGACGUGGAGGAGCCGCCGGUGUUCAGCAGGCCACUGUACACCAUGGAGGUUUACGAGGACACGCCCGUGGGGACCAUCAUUGGCGCCGUCACUGCACAAGACCUCGAUGCAGGCAGCAGUGCUGUUAGGUACUUCAUAGAUUGGAAGAGCGAUGGGGACAGCUACUUUACAAUAGAUGGAACUGAAGGAACCGUCGCCACUAAUGAAUUGCUAGACAGAGAAAUCACUGCGCAGUAUAAUUUCUCCAUAAUUGCACGUAAAGUUAGUAAUACAUUAUUAACCAGCAAAGUCAACAUAUUGAUUAAUGUCCUAGAUGUCAAUGAAUUUCCACCAGAAAUAGCUGUGCCAUAUGAGACAUCUGUGUGUGAAAAUGCCAAACCUGGACAGAUCAUUCAGGUAGUCAGCGCUGCAGACCGGGAUCUGUCCCCUGCUGGGCAGCGGUUCUCCUUCAGAUUAUCACCGGAAGCUGCCAUCAAACCGAACUUCACGGUCCGUGACUUCAGAAACAACACAGCUGGAAUUGAAACCAGAAGAAAUGGAUACAGCCGGAGGCAGCAAGAAUUGUAUUUCCUCCCUGUUGUCGUAGAAGACAGUAGCUAUCCUGUCCAGAGCAGCACAAACACAAUGACUAUUCGAGUUUGUAGGUGUGACUCUGAUGGUACCAUCCUGUCCUGUAAUGUGGAAGCAAUUUUUCUACCUGUAGGACUCAGCACUGGGGCUUUGAUUGCAAUCCUACUGUGCAUUGUUAUACUCCUAGCCAUAGUCGUGCUGUACGUCGCUCUGCGAAGGCAGAAGAAGAAAGACACCCUGAUGACCUCUAAAGAAGACAUCAGAGACAACGUCAUCCAUUAUGAUGACGAAGGCGGUGGGGAGGAGGACACCCAGGCCUUUGAUAUCGGCGCUCUGAGAAAUCCAAAAGCGGUCGAAGAGAACAAAGUUCGCAGAGAUAUAAAGCCAGACUCGCUCUGCUUUCCUCGGCAGAGACCGCCAGUAGAAGAUAACACAGACAUAAGGGAUUUCAUUAAUCAGAGGCUGCAGGAAAAUGACGUGGACCCAACGGCCCCGCCCUACGACUCCUUGGCAACGUAUGCAUACGAAGGCAAUGGCUCUGUCGCAGACUCGCUCAGCUCGAUAGACUCGCUCACCACGGAGGCCGACCAGGACUACGACUACCUGACAGACUGGGGACCGCGCUUUAAAGUCUUGGCAGACAUGUUCGGUGAAGAAGAGAGUUACAACCCUGAUAAAGUCACUUAGGGGAGAAGUGACGACUAAGCCAACAAGAGAAAUUUAAGGGGAAAAAAAAAACACACAUGAAAUAUCACACAUACACACACACAGGCACACACACCCCACAGGUUUUAUGGGACAAGAUUCCUUUGAUUAUCUGGUUUCUAGCAAGUUGCUAUAUUUAUCAUACUGUCAGAUUUGGUUGAUUCUGCCAACACAAGAUCAAUCCUAUUAUAUGUCCUUGCUUGGUUCUGUUUUGUUAUUUUGGAAACACACUGAGACAAGCUCAGGCCUAUUUAAUACAAUUUACUGACAUGACAACCUAGAAUGAAGAUAGCUAUGUGGCAUCACGGUGGAAGAGUGUUAGAUUUUUCUUAAUUCCACUAAAGUGCCUAUUGAAACUCUCAUCAUUUAAAGUGGUGUACAGUGCACUCUGCUGUGAUGGCGUUGCAGGAUUCAGAGACACAGAGGACAUAAAACAAAAGUCGUGUCUUUAUAUGUCGAGGAGCAAUAUCGACAUGCUGACUUCUAAUUCCUUUUGAGGACAAAAGAAGAAUACUUUCUGAACUCCAUAUUCUUCUAAUGCAAAGUUUUUAAAAAUUGUAUGCCAAAACAUUUGUUUGUCCCACCCCUUCAAAAAAUUGGACUAAAUGUGAUGAUAUCAAAUUCAAUAUGUAAGUCCUGAAUUUUAAAAGCAAUGUUUGAUCUUACCAUUAUUAGUUCAUAUUAUACCCGUUAAUUGAAGUGUUACUUUUUAUUAAAAAAUAAAAUUUUGAAAAAACAAACCUUUAAAAAAAUCCCUCUUUAUAAAAAGAGGCCUCAGGGCUGAAAUUCCACAUUAAAAUAAAUUUUCGUUGUGUUUUAAUACUGCCCUGGUGUGCGGAAGGUUGGUUUUAACAAGUGACCAGAUCUUUGAAGUUUUUUUUUAUCACAGAAAAAAACAUUUAAGUUGUUUUUCCAUUAAAACUUCUUUGGGGGAAAAAAG